UCGAGGCUGCCUCUUCCUCCGUCGCGCCGCGGCUGCCGCUCGCUCUCCCCGCCGCAGAUCUCGCCCCGCCGGCCGCGGCCCCCCAGGCAGAGCCAUGCCCGGCGCCCCCCUGCUCGAGCUGCUCUCCCGCAUCGUAGUGAUGUGCCUCUCGCAAGGGCUGCUGGUUCAGAGUGCAGAUUUUACCCAGCCAGCUGACAACUAUACAGUUUGCCAGGGGGACAACGCAACACUAAGCUGCUACAUAGACCAACAAGUCACCCGCGUGGCCUGGUUGAACCGUUCCAACAUCCUUUAUGCUGGCAACGACAAGUGGUCCAUCGACUCGCGGGUGCAGCUGUUGACCAACAGCGCCUCGGAAUUCAGCAUCGUCAUCACCCACGUUGAUUUAUAUGAUGAGGGCCUCUACACCUGCUCCUUCCAGACCCAGGACAAGCCCCACACCUCGCAGGUGUAUCUCAUCGUUCACGUUCCAGCUCGGAUCGUGAACAUUUCAUCCGCUGUGACUGUUAAUGAGGGAAGCAAUGUAAACCUGCUCUGCCUAGCCCAGGGGAAGCCGGAACCGACUGUCACUUGGCGGCAGCUGAAAGAUGGAUUCACCAGUGAAGGAGAAUAUCUGGAGAUUACGGAGAUCAACCGACAACAGGCUGGCGAAUAUGAGUGCAUCACAGCAAACGGCGUCUCGUUGCCAGACAGAAAACGGGUUCUUAUCACUGUCAAUUACCCUCCAACCAUCACAGAUGUGAAAGAUGCUCCGUCCUUGCCGGGGAAGCCAGCUUUGCUACGCUGCGAGGCCAUGGCUGUGCCACCUGCUGAGUUUCAGUGGUUCAAAGAUGACAAACACAGAGUCAUCGGCGGCGUGGAUGGACUGCAGAUCCAGAACGAGCGAACUCGCUCCAUGCUGCUCUUCACCAACGUUACUGUGCGGCACUAUGGCAACUACACUUGCCUGGCUUCCAACACACUGGGCUCGUUCAAUGUCACCUUACGGCUCAUCAGACCAGGAUCCCUGGAAAACAUGGCUGUCACUGGACAGGCAUCCCCCCUCUUCUUGGGCCUGCUGUCCUGUGUGUUUGUGACUCUGUUAUUUAAAAUUUAGGGCCGGCCAGGGAAAGGAAGCAGAACAAAGGAAGGGAACGAACGAAAGGGAAAGGAACCGAAAGAGAGAGUGAGAGAAAGAUGCAUCUCUACUUUCUGGGAAAGAUGAAGCAAGAGAAAUGAAAUUUAUCAAGAACCCCAUCACUGUGAGGGAUAGAAGAAAACAAAACACACACACACACACACAACAACAAAUAUGCAUUUGUUUCUACAGCCAUCGAUCUUCACCCUCCAUCUCAGACACUUCCAGUCGAACUUGUUAUUUAACACAAAGACAGAGGGCUCUAAAGGGUUAACUGCAAGCAACAUUCCCCCCUUCCCCCCACCUCUGCGACUUAACAAACCGUCACUCUCUUCCUUGAGUCAACUGGACCUUUUGAGAACCUAAUGUACCAUCCUGGAAUGCCAGUUCCUUAAAAGGGUUUGGUUUUUGGGGGGGGGGGUGUCCGGGGCUCCUAUGUUUGUUUUUUCUCCCAAUUUUUCAUCCGCUGUUGUCCAGGGUGAGAAUCUCAGCAGUCCAUCCACUUUUGUGGGCUUACCUUUUCACUUAUUUUGGGCUGGGCUAGGAACCUCCUGUGCAAAUGGAAUUAUUUCCCCAGGUCCUUCGAAUGGAUUUGCGCCAUCAGAUUCGACACACGGCUUGGACUGGGAAACGCGGAAGUGAGAUCGGAAAAGCAGUCGGCCCAGCCAUGCGGCCAAGUCACCGAAUGCAUCUCUUUUUAUUAAAAAAAAAUUGGCAGUAUGAGAAAGCCUGGCUUGAUUUACGCUUACGCCGCAAGGACUGCCCUGAAGGCCGGCUCUGAGACUUGAACCCGUGGCCCGUCAACGCAACACCACUUCGGAGUCCUCGGAAGAACUGGCGUGUCAAUGAAUUGAGUUUGCUCAGUUUUUAAGGCAUGGCGUACCUACUCCUUAAAACAUGAGGGAUAAGAAGGUCACCAGGUAACUUUUUGAUGUCUAUAUAUAGGCCGAAGCGAGGAAGACGGGGAGAACCCAUCACACUGUUUGUUGUAUCAAGCAGCGUUGAGUGUAAAAGUGCCGGGGGAGUCUCCGAGUUGCAACCCGGCAUCCCUGCUCACAACGGCGCCGUCUUAUUUUGAGCUAGCUGGGGAAUUGUUCUUGCUUUAUACUCCGGCUGUUCUUUAUUGGUCGGGAUUACAUUUUUCCUCUCAAAAAAUCAUUACAUGGGACAUCCGCCAGCUCCUUAAAUCAAUGACAUUCGUUUGCACUUUCACAAAAACCCCUUUCCCAGUGAUUUCCCUAGUGGUGAGAAUUUCCAUUGUCCCCCCAUUUAUAACUGCUCUCUUUAUAUUUGUUGAAGGAAAGGAUUGCACACUUGAAAUUUUCCUUGUUUACGCGUCUGUCUCUCUCUCUCUCUUCUUCUUCUUCUUCUUCUUCGCUUUUUUUGUACACAAAGUAAUAUUCUAAAGUUAUUGUUCUUCAUUGCACCUUAGAAACCCCUGACUUCAAAAUCCAAACCCGAUAAGGAGGGUGAUCCUUUGGAUUGGGAUCAACCAACGUUUCGUGAAGUACUGAUCUAAAGCUUUCAAAUCCUCCAGAACUCUUCUUUGGGCUGGACUUUCAGUAUUAACAUUUUAAAAAUAAUUAAGUUGGAGGGAAAGGGUUGAAAAAGACCUUUCAGUGCAUAAAGGUGGAAGCCCAAUCUGGGGUCUGUUUACAAUGGAGUGCAGGUGGUUUUAUGCAAUCAUAAUUUAGGUUAGCUCUUGUUAGGUGCCAGACAGAUUUCAGGUUGCCCCAAAGGGCUUCUUGGGUCAGAGAAGCAAAAAAUGGCCGUUCAGGCCUUUUGAAAAGAUAUAGCUGGUCGUAAUCUGACUUCUCGGUCGGAUAGCGUGAUAACCAGGGUUUGCUGUGUUCUGCGCUUCUGCGAUUGUACCCCCUGCCCCACCCAGGAGCCCAGAAUUUGAUGGUGGGGGCAAGUUUUAGCAUUCUGAGCUUCCAUUCGAAAGAAAAUAUUGCCAGCCCCUGCCACUGCCAAGAGAGUUUUAAAACGAGUGGCUGAUCUCUGAUGAUAUCUCUGGUCCAAGAAGACUUUCUGUGUUUACAGUAGGGUUUUCCGUUCCCUGCCAAAUAUCUUGCUCUUCUCCACAGCUAGGAUAAUAAAGCUGGAGGAAGACGAUGACUUGGGUUUUAUUUCCAGUGU